CAUACGUGAAUCAGUACCCAUAUGCCCUACGAUACGUGCAAUGCGCAUUGCGCCCUUUGAGUCAUACAUUUCUCCAUAUCAGAGAUCCAAUUGACACCGCAAACCCUUCAAUUGGAUCCUCUUUGGCUCUUCGCCUCUUCCUCGACUUUUGCGGGUACAAUCGUCAAGAUGCUCCGUCAAUUUCGACCGCAACGCUCGCUCGCGAAGCAACCAAUCUCAAGACUUCUGGCAGCAUGGCAGGAACCCUCACGGUCAUACAGCAUCCACGCCAACGCAGCUUCUACGGCCAAGAUUCAGGAUAUCGAUCCCUCGAAAUUGACCAUCACCAAGACCAAAGCACCUAAAGAGCUAAUUCCAGCGAGUGAAUUGGUCUUUGGGCGGUCAUUUACAGGUGCGCCCACUCUUCACCACAACCAUUCCCAUUCCCGUACAGAGAGCUAACCAGUUGCCGCAACGCCACAGAUCAUAUGCUGAGUAUCGAAUGGACGGCAUCAGAAGGAUGGUUGGCUCCUCGAAUCACUCCCUACCAAAACCUCUCUCUCGACCCCGCCAGUUGCGUCUUCCACUAUGCAUUCGAAUGUUUUGAGGGGAUGAAGGCAUACAAGGAUAGCAAUGGCAAAGUGCGACUCUUCCGACCAACCAAGAACAUGGAACGUAUGAACAAGUCUUCCGCGAGAAUUGCUCUGCCCACAUUCGACCAAGCCGCUAUGAUUAAGCUCAUCUCUCAAUUCUCGCAAAUGGAAGAACGAUUUAUCCCCUCGACCAAAGGGUACUCGUUGUACCUCAGACCAACAAUGAUCGGAACACAAAAGACACUUGGCGUUGGACCGCCUGGCUCUGCGCUCCUCUAUGUUAUCGCCUCACCUGUUGGGCCAUACUAUCCUACCGGAUUCAAAGCCAUUUCGCUCGAAGCCACAAACUAUGCCGUCCGAGCAUGGCCAGGAGGAGUUGGUGAUAAAAAGCUUGGUGCCAAUUAUGCUCCAUGUAUCGUCCCACAACUCGAGGCUGCCAAGCGUGGAUUCCACCAAAAUCUUUGGCUCUUUGGUGAGGAGGAAUUCGUGACCGAGGUUGGUACCAUGAACAUGUUUGCUGCGAUCAAGAACAAGGAGACUGGACAAAAGGAACUGAUCACCGCUCCUCUUGACGGCACUAUCCUCGAGGGCGUAACACGCGACUGUGUCCUUUCUCUCGCCAGAGAAAAGCUGGUACCGGAAGGAUGGAAGGUGCUUGAACGAAAAUACACCAUGAAGGAAUUAUCUGAGGCCGCACAGGAAGGGAGAUUAUUAGAAGCGUUCGGAGCAGGAACUGCCGCAAUAGUUAGCCCUAUUAGAAAUAUCUGCUGGAAAGGAGAUAUGGUUGAUUGUGGACUACGCCCCGAAGAGGAAGCCGGAGAACUUGCAUCGAAGAUGAAAAACUGGAUCGAGGCUAGACAAUAUGGCGACGAAGAACACGAAUGGAGUUACACGGUACCGGAGUAA